AAUAAGUACAAUAUAAUUAUCUAAAUAAAAUGUCGUUAAAAAGUUUCAAAAUAGAAUUAUACAAAUACUUGUUUGUUUAUUUGUUAGAUUUUGGGAGCCUCUGAUUAUUGAUUUCUCAACACUUAUUACAUAACGUGUUUGCAGAGUUCUAUAAAGAAUAUUACACUUUUUAAUCGCAUUAUAGAACACAUUUUUCGGUCUUUAAGAUCACUGCGUGAGUCUAUUUUUAAUCGGCCUAUUUCAGUACAUGUCACACGCCGGUUAUAUAAAGAGGAAUAAUGAACGCUCUAAAAUCAACAAAUUCACUAUGUACCUGCAAUAUUUCAGCAAUAAAACGUUUAAUGAGUACACAAAUUAAGCAGCAUAACUAUAAUAAGGUAAUAAGUGAAGCUGAAAAAAUUGUCGGCCAUUCAACAUCUUUCCUUAGUUUAAAAUGUUUAAUGAACGAUGAAGUUGCUGAUAUUGCUAGUCAUAUAAGAAAAUUAAUGGGUACUAGUCACCCUUUAAUAAACACUGCCAAAGACUUAAUAAUGGAAAAGCACACCCUGCCAAAAUGGGGACUAAUAGUUCUGUUACUAUCAAAAUGCAACAAUUUAACUUUACAGCCAGGGGUUAGGAGAGAUAUAUCUGAAGGAAUACUGCCUCAGCAACGAACCCUUGCUGAAGUAACGGAAAUGGUUAAAACCAGCAACAUAUUGCACAACACAGUUCAAAAUUAUGACAGAAGCGACUUGAACAACGAAGCCAAUUACGGUAACAAACUGGCACUACUCAGUGGUGAUUAUCUAUUAAGCACAAGUUUCAAACUACUGGCCGAAAUGAAAAAUCAAGAAGUAAACGAAUUAAUAUCCACUGCCUUGAGAGAUCUCAAUGAAUCGAAUUUUAUAGGACCAAGAGACGAACAAAAUAGAGCUGUACCAGAAAAACCUAAGAAGCAGGGAACAGAAAACACGGUGCCUGUGGAGUUCAGUACAGCUCCCUACAGAAUACAAAACUUCCUGGGUUUCGCCAAAAGCGAGUGGAUUAUAAGGAACCUUUUAGGUGGAGCUUCUUUGUUAGCCAGAGCCUGCGAAGCAAGUAUGAUUUUGUCUGGGGAUGAAAGAAAACGGAAAGAAGCCCAUGUUUUUGGAAGACAAUUGGGGUUGGUGUAUCAAUUAUGUCAGGAACUUCAAGCGUUUGAAAACGGGGACGAUUUUGAAUUGGUCUCCGCCCCAAUUUUAUUUCACCUACAGUACGAUACGGGUUUUUAUCAAAGUAUAGUUGAAGAACCAGAAUGUCUAAAUUAUAGUCAAAUUAGAGAAACAGUGAAAAAUGGACCAGGCAUUCAAAAAACUGUUGAACUAAAGACUGAAUGCGCCCUGAAUGCAUUGGAGGAGUUGAUAAAAUUCCCUGAAUGUAAAGCAAGAUACGCCUUAGAACGAAUUAUUCAAACAAUGUGAUAGUUUUUAUAAAAUAUAUUUUUGUUGCAAUAA